ACACCUGAAGCUAGGCUUGGCAGAUUGGCUUUGAGCAGAUCAAAGAGAAUGGGUCCUGAAGCAUCCUGGUCAAGUGGUCCUCACUGUGAUAUACACAAAUUAUGUUCAACAAAAAUGUCACUCAGUGCUUUGACCUGCCCAAUGUAGUGAACAGCUUGAUUGAAGUUAAGGACAAGCUGGUGGACACUUUGAACAUUUUAGCUCGCAUGGUCUCCGGCAACAUUCUGUCUCAUCAAAGAGAGAGCAUCAUGGCUUUACUGACCAUCAAUGUACACAACAGAAACAUCUUACUGGGCAUGAUAGAGCAAGAGAUCAAAAAAGUGGAUGUCUUUGUGUGGACUAAACAUCUACGUUAUGAAUGGGAUGAGCAGAGUAACAACUGUUUUGUUAUGCUGUCUAAUGCCCAGGUCCAGUAUGGUUAUGGUACCUGGGAUGUUCACCCCGCCUAGUCAUCAUCCCCCUCACUGCUGACCUGUGCUACCUCACCCUCAUGGGGGCCCUACACCUACAUUUAGGGGGGUC